AUGGUCAUUAAUAACCCCGUAACUUUGACAAACGCUACCACCGCUAUUUUCGAUGACAUUGAUAAAAUCCUCACGAAUUACGAUGAUUCAGGAGGUAGCAAAGUCACUACCAUGGCGCAGUUUCGCACACAAGUCGCUUCUGUUUACUCCUAUGAGGACCCCGACUUUCUGUUCCAUUUCUCAGCAGUCGCACGCUGUGCGAUCUCUUUGGAUAGCAGAGCAAAUAGGCCCGUCUACCCUGUUACGGACGUCUUGCCUGCGGUGGCUGACCCCCAAGUCAUCCCCCCCAUCGUGCUCAGUGAUCGUUUCUCCCCUCCUCCUACAAUCGACAUCUACGGCCCAGUCAAAGGAUUCAUGGCCAGGCCAAUUCCUUCAUCUCCUUCUCGGUUCGAGGAUUUAUCUAUGUUCCCAGCCAACCCUUCGACCAACUCUGGAGGGCCACCUCCCCCUCCUCCUCAACCGUCCUCUCCUAGACUUCGUCGUGGUCCGGUUUCCCAUGCCAAUUGCUCACCUCGAGCUUCUCCCAGAGGUCCUGACGCUGGUCCAUCUCUUCUACGGCGGAUUCAAUUCUCAGGGAGUCCUCGAGCUCGAACUCCUUGUGCAACGACUCCAAUUUUUCCGGUUUUCGAAAGACUGGAUAAAGGAAAGAGGAAGAGAACUCCUGCCUCCCCGCCCUCCUCACACUCCUCUGCUCGACCACCUGUCGCAGCACCAGCUGUCUCUGGUCCCACCUUCUUGUCGGGAAUCCCAACCAUCCCUGGUCCCAUGGUGCCAGCGCAAAUCCUCACCGCUCCGUACAUGGACGAUAACGAACAUCUUGUUCCCGAGGAUUUCACUCCUAUAUCUUUUCACGUCAACCAGAUUGCUCUCCUGUAUAAGUCUGACAUCAAACAUCACGUCAGCGCUUUCAAUUCUUGUAAGAACAGGCCUGCAAACUGGCAAAACUCCCUUACCAAAGAACUCCUGGAGUGUAAUUUUGUCGAUCUUCGGAAAUUUUACGGAGCAGUUGCCUCCUCCGAUCCCCCUCAGAGCCGCCUUUGUAUUAACGCCGAUGGUGACCUUAAUAACGUCGAAGGAGCAGCUCCAAAAGAGAUCACCGAUAACACUCACUGGCAAAAUCUUCUCGGCGUUCUCAAACACGCUUAUAUUGCCGCCUUUCCUCCUGCUGCCAUUUCUAUCAAGAAAUACUUCGAGUACAUUCUCCGCCUCCCAGGCCUCUUCCAAGCACGCGUUUACUGGGAGGACGUCAGAGACUUUGAUGUCGAGCUUAGGAAAGAAUUCGCUUCCCGGCCUAGUCUCGUUUGGGGAGAUUACACUCACGAUUCCCUCAAAGGAAUCGACAAUCGAGUUCUAUACAGCAGCACCAGCAAACUUGGUCGUGCUUCUAUUCCUACUCAAAAGUACCAAUCUGUUCAAUCAUCUUCUCGUACUCCGAGGCUGGCUAUUGAGGCUGCUCCUCCCUCCUAUCAAUCCUCUCGUCCUUCAGCAGCGAAGAAGCAAAAAGGAAAAAGAAACAAACCAGCGUACAAGAUCCGGGACUCUAGAUCUCUUCCUAAAGCUGAUCAACCUUGUAACAAUUGGAAUCUGGGUGUCUGUCCACACAGCGACGAUUCAUGCGAGCGAGUUCACGGGGUAUGCAACAAAGAUGGAUGUUUUGAACAUCAUCAAGGAAGCGACGCUCACAAAUGA